AUGUUGUUUUUUAUCGACGAAAAAGGUUUAUUACGUUGCAGGGGUCGACUUGUAAACGCACCGUUACCCGUUGAAACGAUAUCGCCUAUACUGUUCGACCGAGAUCACUCGUUAACUAAGCUAAUCAUCAUGGAUAUUCACUACAAUUGUAAUAAUUUUGUUUCACGUGAUACGCAAACUUAUAUUUCAAAUCUAAAAAUAAAUUGGCAUUUUAACCUCCCUCCAUGGCACGGAGGGUUUUUCGAAAGACUUGUGCGCAGUACAAAGGAACUAUUAAGAAAGCAUUUAAGGUCGACUAAACUCUCAUUUGAAGAGAUGCAAACAGUUUUGUAUGAGAUCGAGUGUAUAUUAAACAAUCUUCCACUCACGUACGAAUAUUCUACCGAGUUUGAAAGUUGUUUGUCGCCAAACCAUAUGCUUUUUGGACGUAGACUUAACUUGUAUUCUAAUUCAACCACCCUUAAAUCACACGAAGAAUUGAACCUUGCCCAUCACAGCACCAAAAUAAGUCAGAUCAUUGAACACUUUUAG